AUGGACAAUGACGCAAAGCACUUUGAUCCCAAGUGCGUUGACGACGAUAUAGUCAGCUUCGCGAUAAAUAAUGAAUUACGCGAGUGGAAGACUCCCACCCACAGUGGUGGCCCUAAAACCAACAUAAAGGCAACUCAUCGCCUACAAAGACCAACGCCGGGCAAGGCCCGUCCCCACGGAACCUUCCGAAGGAAGUAUCGCACCUGGAUCCUCAGUAGAUACAGCAAACCGGACCAAAUCCAGACGAUCGGGAAGGAUGGCAACAAUAACCUACUUGACAUUAAUGCUAUGCACCAUAACAAUAGCGAAUGGACUUCUAGACAUUACCAACUAUACCGACGUACAGACUGCAGUAAUAAAUAAAGGAUUAGGGAAAAUUCAAACAUCCACCACAAGAAUAAUUCAUGUUAUAGAUAUAAACCACAUAACAAACACUUUAAAUACCUUAGCUUCAUACGUAGAUAACGAAAUAAAACAUUCAAACAGUUACCACACUAUAAAACAUGAAUUGGUUCAAACAUUCUCUAUUCUCCAAACUUUAUCCCCCACACUACAUAAUAGAAACACUAGAGCAAUCAAUUUAAUAGGAACCGCAUGGAAGUACAUUGCCGGUACUCCAGAUCACGACGACUUAAUUCUACUCCAAGAUAAUAUGAACGAUCUAAUUAACAAUAGCAACAAACAACUUCUAAUUAACAAUCAAUUUCAAGAAAGACUAAA